UGGCGGCACUGAAACCGCUACUACUCAUCAUCUCAAACCUACCCCUCUCUCUCUCUCUAGAUUUGCUCAAUCCAAUCCCCUUAGAUUGAGCAGUUAGAAUCUUGAAAUACCCAUUUUCUAGGCUUCUUCUGUCUUGUACAUGUAGCAGUAUAGUACUAGUAGACGGAGAAUCAUGAAAUUUUCCCUCACAGACCUCGUGUGCCACGAAGAUUUCUUGAAAAAAUCCGAACUAGGAGAAGAAGAAGAAGAAGAAGAGGACGACCCAUUUACUACCGUCUCUGAAUCUGAAGAUGAGUACAUACAACUGUUGAUCGAAGAAGAGACCGUCUUGGAUUUCAAUGGCUCUGUUUUUGAAAAUGAAAAAGAUGGGCAGUACUCUCUCCACAGUGAUAGCUGGUUGAAAUGUGCCCGGUUGGGCGCCAUCAACUGGGUUCUUAGCACAAGGGCUAUCUUUGGGUUCCAAUUCAAAACAGCUCUUCUGUCAUUGACAUACUUCGAUCGGUUCCUUUCAAAGCGUUCAAUCCGCAACGGGAUAUUAUGGGCAAUUCAAUUAUUAUCCGUGGCGUGCCUAUCGCUUGCCGCGAAAAUGGAGGAGCCCAAUGCGCCCAAGUUGUCCAAGUACCACGUAUCCGGUAUCGAAUUCCCGAGUAAUGGGAUUCACAAAAUGGAAUUAAUGGUCUUGACUACACUGGAAUGGAAGUUGGGUUCGAUCACUCCUUUCGCUUACCUGAAUUACUUCACUGCCAAAUUUUGUAUUGAUUUUAAAGAUUGCAAGCCGCAAGAAUUGGCCUCCACUGCUACAGAACUCAUUUUGGCUGUCCCAAAAGAGAUUAAUUUGAUAGAUUUUCGACCGUCGGUUAUUGCUUUCGCGGCGAUCUUGGCAGCUUCGGAUGAUCAGUUAACAAGAAAUGCAAUGGAGAUUAAGAUGAGUGUCAUCCCAUCCUUGGGGUCCCUCCCAAAAGAUGAUGUACACUCCUGUUACAAUCUAAUGCUGGAAAUAAAGAUGGAAAAAUCUAGUACACCGAAAUCAGCGGUAUUGUCCCCUAACUCGAGCCCGGUCGAUGUUCGGGAGAAUCCCUUGAUCACCUCUGCUGUUGGCACUAAGAGAAGACUCACUUACAAUGGCUGCGACCAGAAUUGCCCUAACCUGAAAAAUCAUCGACCGUAAUAACAAGUUUUUUUUUACUACCAUUUUAGCAAAGAUUUGAUUGGUUUUGAUUUUUCUAUCGAUUCCUACAAUUUUCAUAGGUUGGAUUAAAAGGUUUUCUUUCAAUUUUAUUUUUGGGUUGGGGGUUUCCAUUUUCCAAUACCCAAGAAAGUUUUCCAGCCAGUGACAACCAAGCAAAUAGUGAAAGGAGAAAUAAAGAGAAAAACAGAUAGAAAGAAAAAAAAAUGAUAACUUUAGCGAUGAGGAAGAACAAGUUGAGGGCCAAAGAGAUGUGCAGAAGGCCAUUUUGAAGACUGUUUGUUAGUAGUCUUUUUUUUUUUUUUUCCCUCCUUUUUUUCUUUCUUUUUUUUUUUUUUUUUUGGGUAGAGCUUUGCUUUCUUGAAUGCUUAACAACUUUUCAAAUUUGUUUUUAUAUUUAUUUUCCUCUUAUUCUGAUUGGGGAAAAAAUGUAAUGUAGAGGGAUGUUGAAGCCCUACCUAUUGAUAAGGGGGCUUGGGAUGCUUCCUAUAGUGUCUUUCUAAAGGGCAAAAGCCAUUAGGAUUUGAGGAAUGAAGGAGUUGUUUUUGUUUGAUUUGAUA